AUGAGCAUAGUGAUGCGCAAUAUGGAGUCUUCCCUUCGGAACGCGGAGUCCCUAGCGGUAGGCCAGACGAGCUCAUCCACAGGAGCAAAAUACAAGACUGAAUUUUGUAAUUGCUUUGCAGAGUUUGGUAGAUGUGAUUAUGGGGACCGUUGCCAAUUUGCCCACUCCAUGGAGGAGUUUCAGCAUAGGCGCAGAAGCAAUGUGAAGGAUAUGAAAUUGUGCACAGAUUUCAUCACGCAUGGAUACUGCCCGUAUGGUCGACGCUGCAAUUUCCUGCAUCAAUCCCCGGAUGGGCUAGUUUGCGACACCACGCAGCCCACACUCUUUAGCGAACCCUCUCACAUAGACCAAUCUGUUAUUGCUGCAUACAACAAAUUCCUGCGGGAGUCUCGACAGGACGAGCCUUCGAGCCGUGUCGUCAUAGCUCACCAGAUCAAGGAAGGUCCUGGGUGCAGCAUUAGGUUUUCAGAUACGUACGUAGAGGCAGAGUCUCUCCUGUGUCGGGACGGUGAGACGUCGCCUGAUAAACCAGGGCAUGCACACAUAAGUGUCUCAAAACCCGGAGCAGCCACAGCCAAGUAA